CUUCAGGUGCCUCCUUUGACAUGGGCCGGCUGUGGGACCCUGAGCCAAUCUCUGAACCUCUCGGUGCUCGGGGCAGACAGAGUGUUGGCUUGCAUGGAAUGGCUGGCACUGUACUUGGAGUGGGUGCAGGAGUAUUCAUCUUAGCGCUGCUCUGGGUGUUGGUAUUGCUGCUGUGUGUGCUGUUAUGCAGAGCCUCCGGUCUAGCUAGGUUCUCUGUCACUUUUGUUUUCCUUGCUGCUGUGAUCAUCACAUCAGUUCUGUUGUUGUUUCCCCGGGCCACUGAGGUCCCAACCCCAGAGGUAGAAAUUAAGAUCAUGGACAAGUUCUUCAUUGGCCGUUAUGUUCUCCUGGCUUUUCUCAGUAUUUUCUUCCUUGGAAGCCUCUUCCUGGUUCUAAUUCACCACAUCCUGGAACCAAUCUAUGCCAAACCACUUCGUUAGGACUAAGGACCAUUCAAAGAAAUACCAUAAACUACUCCUUGAAAAGAGCUGCUGCUCAAUUUUGCAUGGGCAACUUCCUUAUCUUGGAUCUGGCAUGAAUUCCAUGAGUAUUGGGAUUCAUUGAAGAACUAUGGAAUUAUGCCUUUGGGGAUGGAUUCUCAUUGACUUAAGAGAAAUGGUGAUAUCUUCACAAUUACCCUAAAUGACUACACAUCACUUCCCCUUUUUAUACCUCAGUUUUCCACCUAUUUAGAAUCAGAAAUAAGACAUAACUAUUUUGGAGUGGGACUUAGGAUAAAAUGGAAUGAUUUAUAGGAAGAGAAUGUUUACCUAUAGCUGGCAGACACCACAAAUCAGGUAUUUUAUGAUGAUCUGUGAAAUUACAUUGCUUUCAAAGUCUAGUUCAUUUGGAAAGGAUGUGCACUUUCAUAUUUGGAAAAGUUUGUAUAAUGGUUACUUAUUGACCACUUUAUGCUAGAGAAUUCUAAAAAACAUAUAAGUCUCAUUUCCCAUCUAAUAAAAAUUAACACUGUC